AUGGCUAUCAAGGUCGGCAUCAACGGCUUCGGCCGCAUUGGCCGUAUCGUCUUCCGCAACGCCGUCGAGCACGAUGAUGUCGAGAUCGUUGCCGUCAACGACCCCUUCAUUGAGCCCAAGUACGCUGAGUACAUGCUCAAGUAUGACUCGACCCACGGCGUCUUCAACGGCACCAUCGCCGUCGAGGGCAGCGACCUCGUUGUCAACGGCAAGAAGGUCAAGUUCUACACCGAGCGUGACCCCGCCGCCAUCCCCUGGAAGGAGACUGGUGCCGAGUACAUCGUCGAGUCGACCGGUGUGUUCACUACCACCGAGAAGGCCGGCGCCCAUCUCAAGGGUGGCGCCAAGCGCGUCAUCAUCUCGGCCCCCUCGGCCGAUGCCCCCAUGUACGUGAUGGGCGUCAACGAGAAGACCUACGACGGCAGCGCCCAGGUCAUCUCCAACGCCUCGUGCACCACCAACUGCCUGGCUCCCCUCGCCAAGGUUGUCAACGACAAGUUCGGCAUCGUUGAGGGUCUCAUGACCACCGUUCACUCCUACACUGCCACCCAGAAGACCGUCGACGGCCCCUCGGCCAAGGACUGGCGCGGUGGCCGUGGCGCUGCUCAGAACAUCAUCCCCAGCAGCACCGGUGCCGCCAAGGCUGUCGGCAAGGUCAUCCCUGAGCUCAACGGCAAGCUCACCGGCAUGUCCUUCCGUGUCCCCACCUCCAACGUCUCGGUCGUCGACCUCACCUGCCGCCUCCAGAAGGAGGCCAGCUACGACGAGAUCAAGGCCGCUCUCAAGGAGGCCUCUGAGGGUUCCCUCAAGGGCAUUCUCGGCUACACUGAGGACGAGAUCGUCUCCAGCGAUCUCAACGGCAACCCCAACUCUUCCAUCUUCGACGCCAAGGCCGGUAUCUCGCUCAACAAGAACUUCGUCAAGCUUGUCAGCUGGUACGACAACGAGUGGGGUUACUCCCGCCGUGUCCUGGACCUCCUGGCCUACGUCGCCAAGGUCGAUGCUAGCAAGUAA